AUGAGUCUGACCAACCCGCCCUCCUCCGGCUCGAUCUCUGCCCGAAGGCCCGGUCAGACCUUGAAGCGCAAUUUGCAAGCUUCUGUCGAUGAGGCCCUCGAUUCGAGAAGACCCGCUGGGUACACCAGUAAAGUCCGGGUCCGAGAUCGGUAUCACAUCGUAGGGUUCAUCAGCAGUGGAACCUACGGUCGUGUGUACAAGGCCAUCGGCAAAAAUGGCCAGAAAGGAGAGUUUGCGAUCAAAAAAUUCAAGCCGGACAAGGAAGGCGAGUCGAUCCAGUAUACGGGUCUAUCGCAAUCGGCCAUCCGGGAAAUGUCGCUUUGCACAGAGCUGUCGCAUGCCAACGUCAUCCAGCUAGAGGAAAUCAUUCUCGAGGACAAAUGCAUCUUCAUGGUGUUUGAAUACACCGAGCAUGACUUACUGCAAAUCAUUCACCAUCAUACGCAACCCCAGAGACACGUUAUCCCAGCGAUUAUGGUUCGGUCAAUCCUAUUUCAACUGCUGAACGGGUUGCUGUACCUGCACACCAAUUGGGUCCUGCAUCGAGAUCUGAAACCGGCCAAUAUCCUCGUCACUUCGGGCGGUGCCAUUCGCAUCGGCGAUUUGGGGCUUGCGCGUCUGUUCUAUAAACCACUCAACUCUCUCUUUUCCGGCGACAAGGUUGUCGUUACAAUCUGGUACCGAGCACCUGAGCUCCUUCUAGGAAGCCGGCACUACACGCCCGCUGUCGAUAUGUGGGCCGUUGGGUGUAUCUUCGCCGAACUUCUCUCUCUACGGCCCAUCUUCAAGGGUGAGGAAGCCAAGAUGGAUAGCAAGAAGACUGUCCCUUUUCAACGCAACCAGAUGAUGAAGAUCGUCGAGAUCCUCGGUCUACCACGGAAGGAAACCUGGCCGGGUCUUGUUUCCAUGCCCGAGUACUCGCAGCUUCAGUCUCUAGUCCUUCACCGCCAACCUGCACAUUUUCAUCGCGGCUCCAAUCUCGAGGGCUGGUACCAGAGCUGCCUCAAGAACGGUGGCUACUCUGCUACCUCGAGUGCCGGAACCCCUGGCACCGACGGGUUUGAUCUAUUGUCGCGCAUGCUUGAAUAUGACCCCACCAAGCGGAUCACGGCUCAGGAGGCUCUGGAACAUCCGUACUUUACCAACGGGGGUCCUAUCAGCCCUAACUGCUUUGAUGGAGUCGAGGGUAAAUAUCCGCACCGCCGUGUCACCCAAGAUGACAACGAUAUCCGCACCGGCAGUCUCCCUGGUACUAAGCGGAGUGGGUUGCCGGAUGAUUCGCUGAUGAGAGCGUCAAAACGGCUCAAGGAGUAA